GAAUUAUAAGUUGGUAACUGCGCAUUUCAUAAAGCAAUGAACGCGGAAAUGGAGUGGGGCCAAGCCAAGGAGGGGAGAACGAGAGGCCUUUGACGGGGUUGUGAUUGGGAUGGUGUGUGUGUAUACUCAGAAUCACAGAGGAAUGGCAUUAGCAUUGGCAUGGCCUUCAAUUUCAUUCCCUCCCCUCUCUCUUUGUCUUUUAAAAAAUCUUCACUCGCUUUCAUCAUCACCCUUGUCCUCAUCUUUCUCUUCUUCUUCUCGUCCUUGUUCUUAAAUUUACCCUCUUCUCCUACUCCCUCCUCUACACGUAGGUCACUUGUCACAACCACCACAUCUUCCUCUUCCUCUUGCUCUUCCCAAUCCAAUGGACUCCUCAACUACCACUGUCUCUUCUUCGGCCACAACAACUCCUUCAUCUCAAUCCCUUCUCUCUCUCUCUUCCUACUCCUCCAUUUCUACAUCCUCAUCAAAACUGCACAACACCACUUCUCUAUCGUCACCACUAAGCUCGCCUUUCACCUCAAUCUCUCACCAAGCAUGGCCGCCGUCACUCUCUUAGCCCUCGGCAACGGUGCUCCCGACGUUUUCUCAUCCCUCGCCGCUCUCCAAUCCGGUCAAUACCGAACCGGGUUCGGUGCCAUACUCUCCGCCGGAACCUUUGUCUCCGCUCUCGUCGUUGGCUUCGUCGCAAUCUACGCCGCUCCUUUCUCGGUCGAUCCCGCGCCCUUUGUCAGGGAUGUGUUGUUCUACUUGACUGCCGCCUUCUUCCUCUUCUACGUCUAUCUCAGUGCUGAGAUUUUCCUCUGGCAAGCCGUUGGAUUCGUUGGGUUUUAUAUCUUCUUCGUCGGGUUUGUUUUUUACAUGGAUUUAGGGUUGCCAGAUCGCAGGUAUAAGAGUUCUUCGGAUCUUGAGGGACAAAAGGAAUCGCUCGCUGUCGCUUGCGAAAUCAACAAAGUUUCGGAAGAGAAACGCAUUUCUGGAUUCCGCGGAGCUAUUCAAUUGAUUUCCAAAGCAUGGGAGCUUCCUGUCUCAACUCUCUUAAGAUUGACAAUCCCUCAACCAGCACCAUCGCAAUGGAGCAGAUUUUAUGCAUCCGCCAAUAUCGCUCUUUGUCCGCUAGCCCUCUUGUAUGCCUGCAACUCAUUCAUGCCAUUUAAUUAUCCCAUAGUUUUCCUCCUCCCCAACACUCAUUUCCCCCUCUGGUCAGUGGUGCUCAUGGCAAGCUUUUCUCUUGCAUUUCUUCAUCUUGCAAUGGAAAAAGAACCCCCAAAAACAGAGCAAAUGCCUGUGGUGCUCAUGGCAUUUGUUAUGAGCGUGUUUUGGAUAUCUACUACUGCUGGAGAGCUGGUGAAUUGCCUUGAAGCUCUAGGUACGCUCCUCAAACUGCCGCCAGCACUUCUAGGUCUUACGGUGCUGGCAUGGGGAAAUUCAGUGGGGGAUCUUGUUGCUGAUGUUGCAGUUGCUAAAGCCGGUCAUCCAGCAAUGGCAAUGGCUGGAUGCUUUGCUGGACCAAUGUUUAACAUGCUUGUCGGUCUUGGAACUGCUUUGGUGACACAGACGGCCAAUAUUUAUCCUAGAGCCUAUGAGCUUAAUUUCCACGUUGGUAUCGUCAUCGCAUUUGUGUUCCUGCUUUUAAGCCUUAUGGGGUCUCUCUUGGUGAUCACUUGGUGCAGAUUUCGAGUGCCUAGGUUCUGGGGAUUCUGCCUGGUAGGCCUCUAUAUUGUUUUUAUGGCUGUGAGUUUGGUAAUAGCCAUGUUUUCAGGGUGAUUGUUCUUGGGUAGAUUUAUGAUUUAUAUUCAUAACCAAACCAAAGCAACAUAGAUGGGCAUUGUGGAAAGAAGAAUUACACUAGCAUAGUAAAUUGAUGAUAUAGCGGUUAAAUCAUUUUAGUGUUUCCUUUCGGUUUUUCCAUUAGGUUUUGGUAGAUGGAAAAUUUUAGUUGGAUCCAGAUCACAUGAAUUGUUAUAUUAAAUUUACAAUCGAAAGCAGUCCGGAAUCGUCCCGUUGCUUACCCAUUAUCGGCUUUGUAGGCUGAUUUUUUGUUUACAAAUCUUAUUUCUUUUGGAUUGCCUUGAUUAAUUACAAAGGGCAUUACUUCGGUAGCCUUGAUUAAUUUUUAUUUUCAUUUUUCAUUACUUUGUAGUCAUCAAUUUUUUUGAUUGUUAGUUAUACUUAAAAAUUAGAAGACUCAUGUAUUCUUGUUAUGAAAUCAGUAAUCAAUAAACGUGUAACGGGUUGUCCCAAGGCAUAUUUUUUCUUUUAAUCCUGAACUCGCAGAUGACUUGGAACAUCUCUGGUUGAUAAAAGUUGAACAAAUGUUAAGGUCCUAUGCAAGUGACAAUAACCUUGGCCCAGUUCUUCACGCCUGUUUCGGUAUGGCAAUCUGCUUCAUAAUCGUAGCGUAUCCUUUCUCAUGAAGAAGAACAAGGUCGCAGGCGAGCAAAACAUAGUUGGGCUAACAGUGUCAACAUUUCGUAUUCGGGUUCUUCUACAAGAGCUGAGCUUUGGGGCUUCAUUGUUGGCAUAGAACUUGCGUGGGAUGCGGGGCAUUAGACAACUAUGGGUUGAAGGAGAUUCCCAAGUGGCAAUUGCCCUCAUUAACAAAGGGUGUGAUCUGCAACAUCCUUUGGCCUCUAUUGUUACUAGAGUUCGGGAGCUUACCCUGCUAAGGAGGGAUAUGACGGGUGUGGCUAGCCCUAGAAUGUGUACUGUUUUGUAGUCUUUUUAAUUCCAGUAGUUUUCUAAAAAAAUAAAAUAAUAAUCUUAUUCGGAAUUAGGAGUUUAAUGAGGAGUGUUUUUUUUUUUUAUGUUUGGUUGAAGAGAAAAGAGAGAAAAAAUAAUAAAAAAAUAUCAUUUUCUUUUGUUUAUUUGU